AAGCGCGUUACAGGGCCUUAAUGACGCGACAGGUAAUAUAGGUCACAUGAAAAUAUCGUACUGUGAUUAUUUAAUGUUUUUGUACAAUAUAUUUAUUCAGGUUACACCAAGUAUUUUAUACCUUUUAUUAAAACAUUGAUAUUGAUUUGGUUUGAGGAUAUAUUUUGUUUGAUGUCUUAAAAAACGUACCGUUGUUCCUAUUUUUAAAGUGAAUUUGUAUAUUGAUUUGCGAUAUUACGUCAACUAGCCACAAAACAAGGUAACAACACAAUAUGGAAGACCCUGAAUUGGAUAUACAAGUGCAAGAAAUUCGAGGCGAUGAUGGAUCUUAUAAAUAUUCGUUUUCUUAUGAAAGAGCGACAUUAUACGAGUUCAAAUAUGAGCGCAAGCCCCAGCCGGACCCCGUGGACCCAUGCUAUCGGUGUUACCGUAGGAUCUGGGAUAAAGAACAGAUGAUUAAUGUAGGUGUUCUGUAUCACAAAGCGUGUUUUAGAUGUAGAAUUUGUGGGCUACCAUUAACAAUGCAGACGUUCUAUAGAAAUGAUGCUAAUGGUUCCCAGGACCGGGAAGUUUACUGUAAAACCCAUGUUGGAAAACAGCUCAGUCAGAUUCAACAAGAACGAGCUGUGAUCAAAGGAAUAGAAGAUUCAUACAGACAAACGCCAACUGGACGCCCGAAGCCUGCAUUACAAGCUUCACCAAACUUUAGUCCGAAACCAAGUCCACGGGGAAGCCCAAAAGGGAGUCCAGCCCAGUCAGGCCAGGAUCACAACCCACCACACCUUCAUGAUACCAGUAUGGGUUCGAGCAUUUUUAGCGUCACACCCAGGAGUCUGAACGGGAGUACGUGGCUCACUCAGACACCCAACACAAUGGAGUACACACUUAUGACAGGGGGAGCAUACAGUAGACCACGCCCUACAUUAAAAACAUACGAGGAUUUUGAGAUGAAUGGUGUGUUUGACGCUCAAUGGACACUUGAGGACCGUCAUCAUGAGGAAGAAGAACGUCUACAGCGUUUUCUGUCUGAAGAACGCGAGAAAGAAAUGAACAGAUUGGAUAAAAACAUUGAAACAGAAAAGGAACAUGCAGCGGCUGAACUUUUAGCAAAUAUUGAACAAAUGGGUUUACAACAAAAUCCACGAAAUCUCGUCUCAGAACGAGAGCGAAUUGAAGAUCACUUCCGGCGGAUGCGAGAUGAUCGCCUGCGAGGUGUAGUAGAUAAAGUUGCAGCAGAAGAAAAAGCACGUUCGGCAAGAAUGUUAGACCGACAAUGCCAGGAAAUGCUAUUAUUAAUUGCUGAAAAGGAUAGAGAGCUGGAUGGACAUGCAUUGUACGAUCACUCGAUGCGACCAGCUGUGUUACCCCCGGAAACUAGAAAAGCCAAGUUGUACAAGACUCCAACCAUAUUUGAACAGAUUGAUAAACAGGCUAUUGAACUUUCCAACAGAGACUAUAAUACCUACACUGAUCUAGUGAGGGAUCUGACCCGUGGAUGUUCCACUGAACUCGAGAAAGUCAGAGCAUUGUUUCGUUGGAUCAUUUCAAAAGAUUUGAGCAAGAACAACACAAAAGAUAUUGUUCGUCCAAACUCGUCAUAUAAACUUCUAAAAGGUGUGAAAAGUGGCAAAGAGACGUACCAUCAACUCUUUAAACGUCUUUGCAGGUGUGCUACUGUUUUAUGUUCUAAUUCAAUAUAUUUGGGAAUUUUCCCUUUUAACUAUAAUUUCCUGACAGAUCCGGAAGAUUAUAUCUAUCAACAUUAUCCAGACGACGCAAGUUGGCAGCUAUUGGAUAUCCCACUUCCUUUCUCGGAGUUUAUUAACUUACCUGUAGUGAAGUCACCAUUUUUCAACUACGGUUUAAGAUUUUAUUCAAACUAUGGUGCGACGCUUACAACAGACUCAGGAAUGGUUGAAGUAAGAAUUAUUGCACCAAAAAUUCUUGGAUUUGGUUCCCUGCUUGAAUGUGCUGAUAAGGCAAGCAGUACAUCAAAUUUAGAUGGUAGAACUUUACUUAGGUAUGUAAAAAAUGAGGUAAUAUUUACUGUAAAUGUACCUCGACCAGGAUUUUACUACUUCUCCAUCUACACUGGUGAUUAUUGGCAGUCAGACUGUUUGGAAAGCGCAUGCUCUUUCAUGGUAAAUUGUACCCAGAACAUGGGCGUUGCUGCUCCUUCAUAUCCUCCUGUCCCAUUUUUCGGCCCAACACCAGUCAUGGAGAAUCUUGGAAUUAUCGCAGAGAAUCAACUUGAUCCAUUAAUUGUCUCAAAUAGUGAUUAUUUAGAGAUCAUAUUCAAAAUGGGUAAAGACGUGAAAGUAACUCACACAUUUCAGUACUAUGACUCCCAGGAGGGUGCUGUAAAUGACAUAGAUAGGUAUGUGUUCUUAAAGUCAAGAAAUGAGCUUGGAGCUACUUAUAUGAUCCGCUGUCCUAAAGAAGGGUUUUAUAUAUUUUCUCUUUACGCGACACAUACUGAGAUGUCAUCAACAGAUCAGUCUUUAGACUGUGCCUACAGGUAUCUAAUAAUAUGCCAGGAACCAAACCCUUCUGUGAUGGUUUUCCCAAAGACAUAUCACCGUUGGCAAAGGUGUACACUUCACGAACCUGUGUCUGGAGAUUUGAUGACAAAUAAACGAUACACAUUCAGACUUGACAUCCCUCAGGCUUCAGAAGUGUUUGUGGUCGUUGGUGAUAUAUGGUAUCAUCUUAAACGUAAGUUGGGAUUUACAUGGGAAGGAAAUAUUCCAACAGGAAAUGUAGCUAUAGUUCUAAAGGUCAUAGCGCGUUUUGUCCACGGAAAGGAAAGUUCAAUAUUUGCCCAUUUGUUGGACUAUGAGCUUGUUGAAGAUGCAGAAACUGAAAUUUGAUUAUAGACAGGAUAAUGCAGGGAAAGAUUUAUGCUCAGUAGUUGAAGUAAAGAUUUACUUUGAUAACAAGGAACUAUUUAAGAAGAACUUGAAGAACUUCUUCUUGAAAUAUAAACUAUGUGUUCCUUGCAUCAUUUAACAAAUAGCGUCUUUACUUACAAAUUUAAUCUGCUUAGAUAUAUGCUUUAAUGUGAUUAAACAAUUUUUGAAGGUAUCAGAUAAGUGACAGCAUUCAUACUUUGUAACUGUAGCGCUUAAUUUCAUUGUCUUAAAACAGCAUUUUUUUCUCAACCCUAUUUGUUUUGGUUUACUAAUUUCCAUAUCUGUAGUUUUUUCAUAUACAUCUUACUUUUGAAUAUGAAUUAAAAAAAAAACAACCAAAGAAACAACAAUGAUAAAUGAAAUGAUCAUUGCUUACUAUGUCCUUAUUAAUUGCUGUAAUAAAAGAUAUGAUUACACUGUUUUUUUAAAAGAAUACAGUGUUUAAUUAUUAGCGACUUAUAGAUAGAAAAUUGUGAAACUACUUCAUGUUUUGAGAACCAGGACAUAAAAGUAAAAAACUGCAACUUAAAUCAAGUUCAUUUUAUGGACGUUUUAUUUCAUUUUAUUAAUGUUAAAAACUAUACAAUUAUUUUUAAACGUUUGACUUCUCUUUAGUGACAUUUUAAUAGAACAUUGAAGAAAUAUAAAAAAUGUCUUAAAUAAGUCUUAACUUGUUAUAUAUAUUUUAUAAGUUUUUUACUUGGAAUAUUCUUGUUAGUUAUAAGAUUAUUCCAAUUUAAAACAAACAAUAUAAUCAGCAGUUAAGAGCGAACUUUAUGAAAGGCAAUAAGCUGUCUCAAGUUGUUACAUUUCUUUUUAAAUAUUCCCUAGAAAGUGUCUUAUUAUGUCAAAUAUGUCUUGACAUCAUAUUAUGUUCACUAGUCAUAACACUGUCUUAUGUGAAACAGUAGUUUUAUCUCGACAAAAUGUGGUGCUGAUUUGUCUAAACUUUGUCUUAUUAUUCUUAUUACUAUGUUAACAAUGAUUGUUUAAACUCUUUAAGAAUUAAAGUCAAAAGCAUUUAGACAGACAAGUUGAUAUUAGGAAGUUUUACUUUGUGUUAAGAUACUGUCUUUUUAUAGAACUGCUGGGUUAUUUUGUCAAUAUCGGUGUACGUAUAAUUGCCUAAAUAUUAUAAAUACAUUUAUUUGGUAAUCUUGUUGAAAUGUGUUGUUGACUGGUCUAAACCAUGUCUUAUUAUGUUAAAAAUUCAUGCUAUUUUGUCAAAAUGCAGUUUUAACUUGUCAAAAUUCAGUCUCUCUAUGUCAAGUGACCGUAGUAUCUUAUGGAAAUGUCGUAUUGACUUAUUAUGUGAAACAGUAAUGUUAUGUUGUCGAACCCCCGUGUUUGAGACCUCAAACGGUGAAAAAAUGGCCUAUUUAGGCCCCAAACACUGUUUUUCAUUGGAGAAAUGUUGUUAAAGAAAGUGAUCACUUUUUCGGCAUCCCCCCCCCCCCCCCCAUCAAAAUGAUACAUCAGGGGGUUGCCUUCUGUUUGGGGGGUUUGAAGGGGGGCGGCAGUCCCUUUCAUCGCCAAGAAAAUUUUGAACCUGUGACAGGCUAAAAAUGGCCUCAGGUCGAUCUUAAGGUAACAUGUAACCAACGCUGAAAAGCCUUUUACUCUAUCUCAAUGCAUUGAGAAGUAGCAGCACUUUGAAAUCAGUUUUGAUUGGAAAAAAAACAAUGCAAAAUAGUGAUUUUUCGCAAUUUUGAGAUGUCCCCCCGUUGCCAUGGUAACAGGAAAUUUAAGAUUACAGAGGUUUAUGGUUCAGUCAACAUUUGUGCCAAGUUGUAUUAGUAUUGAAGCAUUUUUCAUAGUUUUAUAGCAGUUUGAACUUGUAACAGGAGGCUUUUCAAUGAAAACGGCCAGUUUUCACAAUAUGCUCAUGUGGUAAAAGGUUAAAGCGCUGUCUGAUUUUGUUAAACUCUAGAGUUAAGUUAUGCAGUGUUAACUGGUUAUAAUCAUGUUUUAAAUUUUUUUAACUUUCGUGUUAUUUUGUCAAAACAGGGUUCUGACUUGUCAAACAUAUAAUUGUGGUAUCAUGUCAAAACGUACUGUUAACUUGUCUGAAUAUUAUAAUCAUUGUCUUGUAAAAAUACGGCGUUGACUUUUCUUCACGCUCUUAUUUUGUCAAACAUUCCUUCAAACAGUCCUGUAUUUAUAAUAUUGUCUUGAGUUGCUGUGAUAUACCUUAUGGUGCAACUAUAUGCAUAAAUUGUAAAUGGCGAAGAAAUAUGGACAUGAUUUUGUCCAUUAAGGCUGGCAAACCAUGCCUGGUUACCGGUUACAUUGUACUAAAUUUGGUCAGAAUCACAUUUGGACAAGGUAACACGAUAUGGUAUAAGACAGUGUUUGAAUAAGUUGAACAUGAUGAUUUUACAUUAUUUGGUGGUACAAUUAAUACGCAGUUUAAUUUAGUUAUUUUAUAAUACAUGCAUACAGAGUAGUGGCGACAUAAUGGGAUCACUUCUCCAUCAUCUGCCUGUCCAUCUAUUUGUCUGUUCAAACAUAGUUACGAAUUGGUACUUAUAUGUGACUUUUCUUUUGAUCGUUUUAGUCAUUUUUAGCCACAUAAGUUAAUUAUGGAAUGAAUAGGAUCAAAGAAAGUGUUACGUUACCUAUUGUUCUCCUAGUCAUACAAGUACCUCUGGGAACUGUACGUCUGUUCGUCCGUCACAAAAUUUGUCCAGACUACUCAAAAACUACUGGUGCAAUUUCAUCCAAACUUUACUGGAAUGAUCAGUACUAAGUCUAGUUGUGCAUAUCAUUGGCAUUUUCGGUCCAAUGAUUUUUGUCUUGAGUUAUUAUUUUGAAAAGUUUACUCCUCUUGUACCACUUAUGCAAUUUCAAUGAAACUUGGCGGGAUUGAUCUGUAGCUCAAGUACUUGAACAUAUUACACAGGUUUUCAGUUUGAAUAUUUUUUUGCCAAGUUAUGGCCCUUGAAUAAAAAAGGGUUAAAUUGGGUUUUUUUUGUGUUGCCAGCAACACGAAGCUUGUCUGGACUACUCCUCAGAAGCUACUUGUGCAAUUUCAUCCAAACUUUACAGGAAUGAUCAAUACCAGGUCUUGUUGUACAUAUCUUCGCCAUUUUUUGGUUCAAUGAUUUUUGUCUGAGUUGUAGCCCUUUAAUGAUAUUCAUAUGCCCAUUUGAAAAACUGGUUGUAUCAUAGACUAAGUUUCGCCCCUGGCAGGCGGGUGGGUGGGGUCCAAUUUUGUCCAGAGCAUAUCUCUUACACACAUGGAGGAUUUCUAAUGAAACUUCAUAGAAAUGUUCACCAUUAUGAGAAGCUGUGACGCUCACAUAAACUAGGCUCUAGGUCAAAGGGCAAGGUCACACAUGUCAUUGGAAAACGCUUGUCCGGAGCAAAACUUCUACAUGCAUAGAGGGAUUUCAAUAUAAAUUGGCACAAAUGUUCACCAUUAUAAGGCAGAGUUUUAUGUGCAAAAUUUAGGUCCCUGCAGCCAAGGUUCAGAUAAAAAUAUGAAAAUGUGUAUUUGGACCAUUUAAUCAUCAUUUUUUGAAGGAUUGAAACAUAAAAUAAUGGUCAUUAUCAUGACUACAGGUAAGAAACAUGUAAUUUAUGAUAAUAUAUUCAUUUUUACAUUCAUCGGGGGCUUUUAGUGUAACUUAGCACAAAUGUUCACCAUUGAAAAGCUAAGUAUUGUGCGCAUAAUCCAGGUCCCUGCUACCAAAGUCAAGGUCACAUAGAGAGGUCAAAGUUAAGAUAAAACAGAAGACACAGGGACUAUUUAGUUGUCAUUUAUGGAUGGAUUGUAACACAAAUGAUAACUAUCAUGACUACAUUUGUUAUUUUUGAAAUUUGUCCAGUCUUCUGCUCUUAUACCACUAAUGCAAUGAUACUUUACAGGUUUGAUUGAUAGCUUAAGUUCUUGUGCAUUUUUCAUGGAUUUCCCGGUUGUAUGAGAUUUAGCUGAGUUGUUACCCUUGAAUAAAAAGCGCAUUAUGACCAUGUUAAUGAUUUUUUUGUCUCGUGCUUCACAGUAACUGCAACAUGCAAUUGGCCAUCAUGAGGCGAAACAUGAUCACUGAUCGCUCUUGUGUCUUUAACUACAUUUGUAGCCUAUUAUCUUGACAUUGUUUCAUUUUAAUUUAUUUGAUGUUUUGAUGUUUUGCACACUUUAAAUGGUUAAGCAGAAUUGAAUGUAUUUGAAUUUUGUAAGUUUAAGUCUUUAAUAUAGUAUUUUUCAUACUAUUUUAAAUUUUAGUAAUUAGCUAUAUGAUAUUUAUUAAAACAAAAUAAAUUUGAAAAAUGCCUUUACAAUCACACCCUGAAGUGUCAUCAACAUUAAACCAUGAGCACUUCAUGCUCAAAAAUUGUUAUCAUUUCAAUUAUAAUAAUCACCACUAUAUUAUCAUCAACGUCAUCAUGAAAAAUCAUCUUAACAUGCAUUAAUAAAUAUCAUUAUAAAAAGACCCAUACUGUAUCAUCAUCGUGAUCAAACCAUUAUAACCUCUAUCAUCAUUAAGAUUAUCAUCUACAUUAUCAUUAGUACUUAAUUCCAUCAUCAAAAUAAUUCUUGAACAAAAUUUUCAUCAUCAAAAUCAUAUUUAUCAUACUCGUAACUUCCAUCAUCAUUGUCACCGUUGAAUUACAUGAAGCCCUACGUAAUAUUGUACUGAAUUUAAUGCAAAGAAUGGGGACCAUAUUUUUUGUUGGAUUAACUUCACUUAAUAUAUUUUUUUAGUAUCACAUUGUAAAACAUCAGAAAAACAAUUGUUUAAAAAAUGAGGCACUUAUUGUGAAUAUGUGUUGAGUAUUUAAAAUUGAUGAUAGUGAUGAUGUUCAGUUGAUGAUGAUGUUGUACUGAUGAUAAUGAUAGUUACUUUGAUGAUGUACUGUUGUUGUUGUUGUUGAUGAUGAUGAUGUUAAUGAUGAUGAUGAAAAUGAUAAUGAUGAUACAUUGAUGUAUUACGAUUAUGGUGAUAAUAAUAAUACUAUUGAUGAUAAUAAUAAUUAUGUACAUGUGAUGAAAAUGCUAUAGCUGUAUUGAUGCUGCUGCUUAAAUACACAAUUAUGUACUGAUAAUGAAGAUAAAACAAGUGCAGCAACAUCAGAUAAUGGCGUUCCAUAGUAGCUUAACAUUUUUUUGUGGCUUUGAUGUGUGAUUCUGCCUUUCACACUUAACAAUGCUACAUGUUUUGUCAAUUUAUCUGUGCGAAAAAAAAAAUCAGAUUUUUCAAUUAAGUAGGACUUUGCUGAUAUCUAACAUGCUUCUUCAUUAAAGAGUAUCAUAAUAUAACUGUA